AUGAAGAAUUUUCGAUCCUUCACAGGGGACCGCCAACCCCGUCCUGGAUAUGCUGGUGGUAAUGAGAACCAAACAAGAGCAAUAGAUACCCCAAAGUGUAAAAGAGGCAAGGGCUCCCAUACGGACCAAGCAACCUCGUCGCCGCGUCGUCAUAACCAACCAAUACUGGAGAAGAAACUUCAUUCUCAGCAGGCUCCUUACUUGCAGCAAUUGGAAUACUAUACCAAUCACCAUUUUUCUCGGUCUUUUAACAGCUUGAUUUUGGAUGACAAUAACCAACCCAAUGAGCUCAAUAACAAUAACAAUAACAAAAAAUCGAUUAACAAGUCUCCUCCGUUUAAUGUAAAGAAAGACCUAAACAAUGACAAUAUUGACACGUUUCUUGAUGAAACUGAUGCAUCAAAUGACACCGAUGUGGAUGAUGAUGAUGAUGAUAAUGAUGAUAAUGAUGAUGAUGAUGACUUUGAUGAUUAUAACGACGAUAACGACUACAAUGAAAAUGAUGAAGAUGUGUUGAAAGUGAAAAAACAGGAAACUAUCCUAAGGGAAGACCUACCGCAUGAGAAAACCAAAUCUCUUUAUAAUAGCACCACCUCAAGCACUAGGCACCGACAGAGACCAUCUUUAGAUGUGGAUUCCUCCAGCUCUACAAUAAGAUUGCCAAGCAACUCACAAAGUUCUAUAAAAAGGUCUUCAAAAUUCCUCAACCUCUCAAUAGAAUCGAGUUUACGAACUAUAGAUGGUGACAAAAUGCCUGACGAGAUAGAUAAUAUAAAUCUAAAUGAAAUCGACGUGCAAGAAAUGAUUGAUUAUUCAUCGCCAGUUGUACACGUUUCGAAAAAGACCCCUGCUUCGGUUAAUGUAGGACAGUUCAAGCGACCGCACAAACUUGUCAGCCAGUCUCCAUCACCGUCACCUCACAAAAGCCGAUCUUCUCCUUCACAAACAACCUUAUAUUCACCUUCCAAUCUAGGGCACCGCAUGAGUCGCAAAAGCUUCAAGUUUUAUCAAGGUAAUGACUCAAUCCGAUCGCCAUACAAAUACCCAGAAGUACCAUCAAAUGGAUUUGGCUCUCGAAUGUUUGGACAAGCCAAUAAGUUGAGAAAAACUCACAUACCUGAUAGUGAAGGUACCGGGUUCAACAGAUCGCAUAAUGAAGAAUACUCUGAUGUGGUGAUGGCAGAAAAAGAAUACGACAAUAUUGAUGUUGACGUUGAUGUUGAUAUAGAGAGCCCGUCAAAGAAUCGAAAACUUUCCACCUUGGGUGAGUCAUUGACUAAAUUGUAUAAUGGCUCAUCUCCAAGUUUGAACACGAGAAGCAAUAAUGGCGGACUACAACGGCCGUCUGCUUCGGCUCCAGUGAAUGCUUCAGAAACACCAUUUGACGAUAAAGAAAAUAGCGCAUCCUACAAAUCAGUUAGACCACUCCAAACAGCAUUUACCUCGAGUGGGUUGAUGAAGAAAAGCAGUGCGUUUAGUAAGAUAUCAGAUAGAAUGCUACCGCCAGAUACUCCUAUGAAGAGAAACCCUUUAACAAUGAUAAACACCAAUAAACCUUUGCAUCCUCAUUUCGAUGAGCUGUUUGGCAAAAUUGUGAGCCAUGCACCUGAACACAACGAAACAGAUCAUUCCAUCGAAUUAGGAAGAGAUGUGCCUAUUGUGGAAUAUGACGACACUAGCGUUAGUAAUAGCUCAAUUCAAAAUCAUAGCUAUUUUAAGCAGGCACCAACGCCAACUGAAUCAAAGGGAGACAGUAAAGGAAGUGCGCACCAUGAUGUGGAGGUCAUAUUUACUUCAAGCUUUGAAUUGGAUGGUGAUGAGCCAUUGAUACCAGAAACGCCGACAAAGCAGCCCUUCUCCAUUAUGCAACAGUCAUCGUUGUCAUCAGCCAAAGUGGGCGGUAAACCAAAUUGGAAAAUCAAUAUACUAAAUGGCAACAAGUUUUUGUUGAAAAAAGGGGAUCAUGGACCUUCCACGCCAAUUGAUCUGGUUUUUGAAAGAGAUAUGGAUUUAGACGCUAACCAUCCACCACAAGCCACUCAAUUGGCAACAUUGAAUGAAGAUGAUCAAAUACUGUUUUUCCAUCGCCAGCAGCAAGUUUAUCCAAACAAGAUUGACGAGCACUUGGUGAACAAGUUUGGAAUGAGAAACCUUAAAUAUAUCGGCCAAGGAGAGUUUAGUAUAGCAUUUGAGUGUAUUUUUAAUGAGGAAAAAUUUGCCAUCAAGAGGACUAAGAAACCAGUAAUUGGGAAGCUUGAGAAAAAAGCAAUAUUGCGAGAAAUUGAUGCUUUGAGGUCACUCAAUGCUAUCAAAGAAAGUGAUACAGAAAAUAUGAAAGAAGAAGAAGAAGGCAAGGAGUAUUUAGUAUAUUUCAUUGAAGCUUGGGACUUUAACGAUUACUAUUACAUCAUGACUGAGUUCUGCGAGGGUGGUAACUUGUUUGAUUUUUUGGAAGAAAACAAACACUAUAAGAUUGAUGAGUUUAGAAUAUGGAAGAUAAUGAUAGAGCUACUAAAUGGAUUGAAAUUUAUUCACCUGAGAAACUACUUGCAUUUGGAUUUGAAACCUUCAAAUAUAUUCAUCACAUUUGAAGGUAAUUUGAAAAUUGGUGAUUUUGGAUUGGCAACGAAAUUGCCAAUUACUGAAAAGGAUUUCGAUCUUGAGGGAGAUAGAAACUACAUUGCUCCUGAAUUAAUUAAUGAUAAGAUUUAUACUCCAUUCGCUGACAUCUUCAGUCUUGGCUUGAUUAUUUUGGAGAUUGCCGCAAAUAUAAUAUUGCCUGAUAAUGGUACACCAUGGAGGAAAUUGAGAAGCGGCGACUUGAGCGAUGCGGGCCAAUUAUCAAGUGAUAACAUAUCGAUGUUCUUACAACAUAAACCAGAAAUGAGCAGUUCUUUAAGUACAAAUUUUAGCUCUUCGGGAAACUCGUUAUCGCUCAAUCCUCCUGUGAAAACGAAAACAGCGACCAUGACAAGCUCCACUUCCACCACCACCACCACCACAGCGGCAGCAUUGGCAUCGGCAUCAACCCAAGAAAUCAGUGACUCAUCGUCUAAGUUAAAAAUUAGAGAAUUGGUACCUCCGUGGGCGCCUAUGUUUUUAGUCGAUGGUGAUUUGAAAGUUUUAGACCGUUUAGUGAACAGAAUGUUAAAGCCAAAACCUUUUGAUCGACCUAGUGCUAGCUGCAUUUUAGAGAUGGAAGAGUGUAUGAUUGUUGAGAGUAGGCGCAAAUGCGGCGCCACGAUUUUUGAAGGUGAAUUUGGAAGCCCUCCAGACGAUGAACAGCAGUUUUGA